AUGGCACCGGGUCAGGACACACAGUUGGAGAAAGUCAUUGGUGAGGUGUUGAAGAGUGGGGAUAGCCGCGCACUGGAUGUAUUCUUUCAACGGGACAUACACGAAGGCACCUCUUUAAACUGUUCUCAACACUUUCUCACCAAAUUGGAUAAACUUGUCCACAAGUGUUUGGAUCAAAAAGAUUCCAAAUCAGCUAGUCUGGUUCUGGCCAUCAUCUCCAAAUGUGGGGACAACCUGAAACUACCUGGCAGUGGCCAAGGGCUCUGUGGGAUAAUAGGUCGAGGCCUUAUCAAAAAGAUGGUACAGUGGUUUGAGAAAUGCAGGCAGCUGUGGAUCCAGUGUGGCCCACAGUGGGAUGAGCCUCUGUUCAACCUUUCUGAGGAUUUCUUUGAUGCCCUAACGGUGGUACAUGAAGCAUCUAAAGAGGGAACAUACAAGAUCACUGAUUCCUUCCUGUAUCCUGUUGGUCAAUUGGGAAUUGACCCCAGAAUCAAUAUCCUGAUCCAGAAGGAGGCAAUUCGUAAAUUUAAUCUAAUUCUGGACAAAAUCCCAGUGGAGCUCAAGAAAGAGAAGAAGAUGCUAACAUCUCAGGAGGCCUCGGAUAUCAUGGUCAAGCUGGCUGGUCGGAUAUUGGAGGGUGGUGAUUACGACUUGCAGACAGCCCUGACCGAGGCAUUGUGCAGAAUGGCCACUCCUGUCCAGAGGAGAGAGCUGGCAAGUCGAUGGUUCAGCAUGGAGCAUGUGGCCAGAGCCUUUGCCAAGAUCAGUGAUUCUGAGUUUGAGACGGAUUGCCGCAAGUUUCUGAAUUUGGUGAAUGGGAUGCAGGGAGACAGGAGAAGGGUGUAUUCCUACCCGUGUUUGGAAGUUUAUCUGGACAAGCAUGAGCUGCUGAUGCCCGCUGAUGAGAAACUGGAGGAAUUCUGGAUCGACUUCAACCUUGGCAGCCACAGCAUCUCCUUUUACUUCUCUUUGGCCGAUGGAGACGGAGAGGAGGGUCAGUGGGAUACGAUCUGUAUCAAUGAGAAUGAACUCCAAAGCUACACUGUUAAAGAGGAAGGCAAGAGGAAACUCUUGCAGUUAAACCUGUCAGAGGUGGUGAUGGUUGGUGGGGUUGAAGGAUCGAGUCUUACCAUCCACUUCAGCUCCUCUCUGGACAUCCUGCAGGCUGCUCGUAGCAUCUAUGGACAAACCAAAAACACAGGCUUUGUAGGGAAGACGGGCACAUCUGUGGUGAAGACGACAGUUAAAAUCAUCAUGGAGGAGAACAGCUCCCAGCAGGUUGUCCCAGAGAGCCAGGUGUCCCUUUGUGAAAGUGAGAAAAGCACCGCCCCCUAUCUUUUGCCUGCUCCGACUGCUCCUGUACAGAUAUUGACCCCUGCCAAUAUGAGGAUUUCAGAGUCCACCACCUUCAUAUGCAACAGUGCAGGAGGAAGUAUGCACAGUGCUGGUUCUCUCUCUGCUGUUAUGCAAAACACUCUAUCCAAGGGUAAAGGGAACCCAUCUUUGCUGAGAGUUCGUUCAUGUGAUAGGCAAGGUGAAUUUUUCCUGAGAGAUCUAAAGACCGGCAGUCAUCACACAACUCCCAGCAGCACAACAGCAGGGGGCAUGGUACAGCAGAGCGUGGCCUCCAAAAAGGUGGAUAACAACAAUGUUGACAAACAAAAAAAGAACACACCUUUGGAAAAAGCAGUAGAUAAAGUUCAAACUGGACAGCAAGAAGAACAGUCCCUGGAGGAUAAUUAUGUGCCUGACACCCAGCCCACAUGUGUGAAACAAAUUUCUUCUAACUGGGGCAGACUGUCUGUUUCUGAAAUGCUAACCAUGUCCACACAGAAAGUAAAAACACUGCAAAGACCUGAGCCUCAGUCAAGUUUGUCACACCAGCAGGAGCGCUCAUCCGUAGCGCUGAGAUUGUCAGUUCCAGACUCAGGCCCAAUCAGCCAAAAGCAGCUCCAUACCAAACUCACCCAGCGCCUGCAGAAGGUCCUCAGUGAGAGAGCCCAAGAUUGGGCACCUCAAGAGGCAGCUGCACCUCAAGGGAAAAUGUGUGACAUCAACGGGCAUUCAAAAAGCAGAAGCACUGCAGACCAGUGUUCCUUCACUUUAUGUGCUCCUCAAGUGCAGCAGACCCAGAGAAGUGGCUCAGGCAAAGUCAAGACUAAAGGCCAGAUGUCACUGGAAGCUCACAAAGCUCCAGUAAAGGCCCAAAACACUACAUCACUGCAGGAGAGAGUAACUGCCGACAUCACAGCUGAAACUAACAGGGCUCUCUCAAGCAAAGAGAAGAGAGAUGCAAAGGUUGCAAAAAGCAUGGUGAAGCUCAUCUCUAGCCAUUAUGAGACUAACACUCAAUCCACAGCAAAAAAUAAAGCAGAGAGUAUCCCUGAGAGCCGGAUUCCUCCUCUUGUUAACAGGCCAAUCUUCAAUAUGAGCUGGUAUUCAACUGCUAAAAAAGACACAUCCGGAGCUUUAAGCAUGACGAAAUCCGAGAGUAUAAGUGCAACAAACUCUUCCAGAAAGGAUAUAUUUGCAUUCAGCCUUGAUACACCGUUGACUUUUGGGGGAAAGGAAAGAAACCUGAAUAACACGUAUGGUUCAUCAAGCAGUGACAUCCCUGACUCAAGAUCCCACAACAUAACCAAGAGAGGACAACCUGUAACAAAAGAGAAGAAGCAUGUGAAAAAGCAUUUGUUUAGUGACACAGACACAGACCAUGCCAUGACAGAGCUCAGCUGGCUGAGGGAGUCGAGCAGGAAACCCAAACCCAAAGUUACCAAAUAUUCAAGGCAGGCCCCCAUCAAGCCUAGGGCUGAGUCACCUCAAACUUCAUGUGAAUCAUCACAUUUACCUCCUCCCUCCGCAAAGCCUGUCAAGGGUAACACCAAACCAAAUAAUAAGAAGCUCAAUGUGAAGGAGAGAGUGGAGCAGCAAAAGAAGAUGGUGAAGCCAGCAGCAGAAGCCCCCAACAGACCACAUGCAGCAGCCAGGAGGCCACGAAGAGCUGCCACUUCUACCAAGAGCUACAGGGAGCCAGAUACUGACGACAGCCAGUCAGAUGCAGAGAAGCCUCCUGCUCAUACGGCAAAAUACUUCUCACACUGUGCCUCUGACCAUCUGGAGAACACUGAGAAAACUCAUGAGGCGGCUCAGGUGAUGAAGAAAAAUUCUGCCACCAAACAACCAGCCAAAGGCUCCCUGAAACUAGAGAGCAGUCAUCUCAGCAGCCGCUUGGAUAUCAAUUCAGAACAGCCAUCUAUUUCCAAGAAGCAGAGGCCUGAGAAUGUUCUUCAAGUCACUUCAAAGUUUAGUAAGAAAAAAAUCAACCCCGUCCAAGAACAGAAGAAUGCAUUAAAGGAGUCGUUGGCUGCUCGCCAGACCUCCUUCUGUCCGUCACCUCCUUUCAUGGAGAGGAUGAGAUCUUACGAGAGGUCAGCCCCAACCUUGGAUUUGACCUUCUCCCCUCUUGUCACCCCGCGGGGAUCUCCACUCCCUGCCUCCCCUGACCCUGCCUGCCAAGACACCCCCUCGCCAAUCCUGCGGCUACCUAAACCUUGCUCUACUGUCAGCAGUAAUGGAAACUUCAAGCCCCCCUCUCACUACAGUGGAGAAAAGAAGCGCAGCACAUCCAGGACUCAAUCCAUCCAGUGUGCCGCCUCUCUCGCCUCACUGAGACAUCAAAACGCUGCACCCAAUCCUCCCAUUGGGCCACGUGCAGCAAAGAUCAGUCCAAAUCAGCAGUGUCUCUCACCAGCACAGCAGUCUCCUUCGCCUGUAUUCACUCAACCCCUGCUGACAUCUACAUUCUUUGAGCUGGAUAAGCCAUCCUUGCCCUCUCCUCCACAGUCACCUUUCCAUGACGACAACAAUAACAACCUAUAUGGCAUCGGUAAAGUGUCUUCAAUAUCAAGGGUUUCACUCAGCCAAUCGUCCACUAAGUCAUCAGUGAUCACUGGCAGAGUUAAGGAAAGCCCCAGGGCUCCUCUGACUGUGUUUCACAAAACAGAGAAAACACCACUCUCAGACUCAGAUGUGGAGCAAGAACAGCCUCUUAUGUCAGGACCCAGUCGCAAGCGGCACGUCUCCAAAUCCAGUAAUUCUGAGGAAGAUGAGAAGGAAGAGAAGAUGAAAAGCAAGAUGAGAGCGCAGCGUGCUCCUCAGAUGAAGCCAAGGAAGUUGUUCAAGUCCUUCAUUGGGUUGUCUGCUGAAGGUGAGGUGAGCCAGGUCAUGUCCUCUUCCCACACAGUGAGCUCCAGUCAAUGGGAGGCCGAAGAGGGCAGUGGAGACGUGGACAUGGAUGAAGAUUUGGAGUUGCCUGGAAUUGCUUUUAACCAGAGUAACGUGUGCCAGCAAUUCAGCUCUGAGCUAAAGAAGAAGUUCCAGAGCCGUUACAAGAUGGUUGAGGUUUACAACAAGCAGUCACUGAAGACUGUCCAGCAACAUGUGUCCUCCUUCAACAUGCAAGUCACCAAACACAGGACACAGAGGCUUGAACAGGUUCAGAAGGUCCUUUUGGAAGAGAUCCACAAAUUGGAGCAGGAUGACACAGCACUCCGGAACAUGGAGAAAGACCUGACAAUUUACUGGAAAAAACAGGCUGUGGCUUUCCAUUCUUACCAGGAGCAGGAAACCAGGAGAAACGAGAGUCUGAAGAAAGCCUUCCAGAGCAACAUGUGCCACAGCUUGGAGUACGAGGAGAACGUAUUCACAUCCCAGAUGUGUCUGAUGAGGAAAGAUAUGAAGUCGGUUCAGGACAGACUCCUGAGUGAGAUGCAAGUGGGAGAGAUCCAGAGUGUGAAGAAAGGCCUGCAUGCUUUGUUCUUCCCAUGAUGGAGCCAGAUUCUGAGUUGAACGGCGUUCCGUCAGGUCCCUAUGCUGUAAACAGGGUUGUGUAUUUCACCACACAAUUCACACUGCGCUGUGUUAGUUGACCUGUGCUGAUUUGGUCCCAAAAUGUUCGGCAGAAUUUUGUCAUGUUCUGCUUUUAUUGUAUGAAAAUGUAUUUGGUUUAUUCUGACCUGGAUAUGUUGUUUUGUAUGUUUGAAAAAAAUAUUAAAAUUUUAUUCCGAUAUUUAUAUUUAUGAUAUGUAUAGAUUGUAAGUUGGAAAAACUGAAAAGUUCCAUUUAAAAUCUUAA